AUGGAUGAUUUGUGGGUGGGAGACUCUGUGUCGUAUCUGUUCCACGUGACAUUUGUGGUGUUCGUGGUUCGCUUCACACUUGACUGUCUAGUACAUGGCUUGAAUCGUGGGCGCACACAGACUGUAUCAGGCACCGCCCCCAGAGGGCAAUCUGCUGGCGUCGACGUAGCACGAUGCCGCCGGUUCGAAGUCGAGCAGCGUGUAACGGCUGCCGCCAUAGAAAGCAAAAGUGGACCGAUCAAGGGAUAUACAGAAGCUCUCGAGCAUAGAUUGGAGGUUACCGAGAAUGCUCUGCUGCGAAUUCUGUCUGUGGUUGAUCCAACUAUCCUUCAUACUGCUUUCGCCUCCAACGAUGGGCAAGGCCCAGUAAGGGAUGCUUUGGUCACGACCACGGCUGUCAAGGAGACCCCCCAUAUUCGAUCUUCCGAGGACAAGUCUGCACUGAUGGCACAUUGGGAGGAAUUCGCCUUGGAAAAUUCCGAUGAUAUCUUGGCGUGGUCAAACGCUGUUCAUGAUGCACGUGGACAUACUUCUCCAGAUGAUAUCGAUGGAACAGACGAGGACACCGCAUCUGUUCCUAUUGCUCAAGCGGAUGGAUAUCCAGAGUAUCUGCCGCAAGUUGCCGCAGGUGAUGACACAGGUCUAAUGUCGGCAAACAGGUACCCAAACACCCAACAAACAACGACUUCCAGUAUACCAGGAUCUUCGGCACCUGCAUUGGGUCCAAACUUUGUGACAUAUUCUGGCCAUAUUCAGCAACGUCAACAAGAGCCAGAUGAUGGCCAACAUUCUGCCAACAAUGACGAGCAGAUCAACGCCGUCUCACAAGAUUUUCGCCAGCAAUAUCUUUGGUAA